AUGGCGACUCUACUACCUUCAACUCUGCAACUCACCAAACCAAACCCCGCCUUCCCUUCAUCAGCAAGGCCGACCUCUCCGCUGAAACUCCCCGCGCCGCCCCGCUCCGCCCCGGAGGACGACACCUCCGCCGCGUCAACCACGCCGGAGUCCCCUCCCGCCGACAAGGACGAGGACUUCGAGAACCGCCUGUCCCAGGUCCGCAUCCGUUAUCGGAGCGGGACGGGCAAGAAGGCCGAGAUCCGAAAGGCCAGGAAGGGGAAGAAAGCCGGGUCAAGUUCCGGGUCGAGCGUGUUUCUCCCUCCCGUGGCCUUGAAGGAGCCGGCUUCGGACGGGCUGAAGGUGGAGUUCGGGUUCAGCCCGUAUUCAGAACGGGUCAAUGGGCGGAUCGCGAUUCUAGGAUUAUCCGCCUUGUUUCUAGUGGAGCUGGCUACGGGUCAGGGCGUGAUAAACUAUCACUCCCCGGCUAUCGUCUUCAUUCAGGUGUAUUUCGUGGCCGCUGUCUCCGCAUUGUAUGUUAAGUAUGAGAAGGAAAAAAUUAGUGUCUGGCCGGAGUCUGAAAAUUGA